CAAAACCGGGUAAGUCAGGCUGAGUUCUGGCUACUGAAACCCCGGAUCAGACUGAAGAGUGUCUACAGCAACGGUGCAUAUGGCAGACAGUAGUAAGCGCUCGCAGAAGAUUGGAGCAGCUUGAGGAGCGACAGUGAGUUGACCGCACACUCCAUUCACAGGUAGCUCGAAAAACAUCAGGAUCUGUAUUCUGGCGGAGACAGGGCAUCUUAGAAAGUGACUGAAAAUGGCAGAUAUUCCUAAACCCACUGAUGAAAAUACACACUCUCUAAAUCCAUGCAGUCAAGCCCUAACUGAGGUUUGUACUUUAGGGACAGAUGUUGUGCAUCAACCUUCACAACCUGAACCUUCUGAAGAGUGGCCUGAAUUUCCCGGCCCUCUCAUGCACGCACAGAUGAGGAAAGAGGACCUGUUUCGCUUCAUCCAGUUGAAAGCACAGAAAUGUCUGCAAGAAAUGGAUCAACGGGAGCAAGUGGAGGAAUAUUUAUUCUGGCAGAUAAUGGAGUUGUUCUGCAUUCGAAAUGGAAAAGUGAUGAUGAGUGAAGUGGCCUGUCUUCUCUUCCAAUGCUACAUGUUGCUUAGAAAGAAGACGUCUAAAAAAGUGGACAGAACAAGGAAGCAGUGGUGUAUACCUCUGGCACGACUCCUGUGCACUUCUGCACCAGAUGAUGAAGUCAGAGAGGCCGUGAUCAAGAUGGGAGAUGAUCUAGCCUCUAAAGGACUGACCUACGCAGCACAUAUCUGUUACGUGGUGGUGAAAAUGGAGCUGGGGUCACGUAAGCAGUUCGACCUGAUCGGGUGUGACAGACUUCCAUUUGGCCUGGUAGUCCUGAGUGAAGCCAUUGUGAGAACUGAGACGUAUGAAUACACACUGUCGUUGACCUCAGGGCUCGCCCAACCAAGCUUCCAGAUCUUCAAGUUGUUUCAGGCCAGCAGGCUGGCCCAUUUUGAGCUGAGUGAAAUAGAUUUUUCUGAUGUGGUCUGUGAAUACUGUGAGACCAUCGCUAGGGCAGCCAUGACUUUCCCUGACAAAAUCUUAAGGAGCUUUAUUGAACGGCUCAUUUUGCUGUCUUCAAAAGUGCAUAAAAAGGGCACAAAAGAACCUGAAUGGUUUCUAGACCUCCAGCAUCUGCACAAAACUAAACUAGCAAAUGCUGAUGCGAACAGUGACCCAGGACGGGCCACAGCAUGUACCAGCCAUGAGGAGGUUUCUGAGAGUCAGGACCCUUUCCAGUCUUAUGAUCUGGAGCGGCAUACUGACCCAGAGGCUGUGUUUAAUGCGCGGUACCUCCUAGGAGAGCGGCUUGGCGAGGGAGGCUAUGGCUCUGUCUACUCAGGAAUCCGUACUGAAGAUCGAAAACAGGUUGCCAUCAAAGCUGUUGACAAAACGGAUUCUGUUAAAACCAUAACCUUUCUGGUGGCUGGUGGAGGGGGCUUACCCCAUUGUCAGGACACUGCUGUGGGUGCCACUGGAUUCCGGACAAUAUGCAGGCCUGGAGAGAUGCAGGCACUGCCUCUAGAGGUGGUGCUAAUGAAGAUGGUGUCCAAGCCACCUAGUUGUAGCAGUGUGGUGGACCUCCUGGACUGGUUUGACUUGCCUAAUAUGUACAUGAUGGUCCUGGAAUGGCCCAGACCCUGUAUGGACCUUUGGGAUUUCAUCGUGCUCAAGAAAGGCUAUCUGACUGAAGCACAGAUUCGAAACAUCAUGCUGCAGGUGGUUCAGGCGGCUCGUCACUGCUGUGACCGUGGAGUGUUUCACCGUGACAUAAAGGUCAAUAACCUGAUUAUCAACCCCAGUACAAUGGAAGUCAAAUUGAUUGAUUUUGGCUGUGGUGAAAUGCUGAAGGACACCCCCUACCAAAACUAUUCAGGCACCAAAGGCUAUUACCCUCCUGAGUGGCUGAUAAAUAGAGAAUACAUGGGCAUCCCUGCUACCAUUUGGAGUCUAGGCAUAGUCCUGUAUAUCUUGGUCUAUGGAAAUUACCCCAUUAAAUCGAUGGACGACUUUUUUAGUGGCCAUGUUGAAUUGCGUCCUGACAUAUCUCGAGAAAGCUUUGACUUGAUGAUGUGGUGCCUGGAUCUCAACCCUGAAAUGCGUCCGGGUUUCGACGACUUGCUCAGACAUGAGUGGUUUACGGAAGCAGUUCGGGACAAACUCCAGAUUCCCCCUGAAACCAGAGGUGCUGGACCAUCCUGAUGUGUUAAUGUUAUGAGUGUGUAAGUGUGUGUACUGUGUUUGCGUGCCCUGGAACCUGUCCUCACACCCUACAGUAAGUCUCCUGGGAUAGGCACCAAGCCCUCUACGACCCUGAAUACAGAAUAAAGCGGUACAGACGACGACUACAGACUAAAAGGGUACCAAGCCAGGUGGUCUGCAAACCUCAUUGCUAAAAUUCCAAGGAAAAAAAUUUAUUGAAUCCAUUUCAGAAUAAGGCUGUGACAUAACAAAAUGUGGAAAAAGUGAUGCACUGUGAAUACUUUCCGGAUGCGCUGUAAGUGGACCUAAUCUCCUCCAUUUCUAUUUAAAUGAUUUAUAUCUUUUAGUCUGUUUUGUGUCUGGUUAAACUUGCGUAUGUCUUAUAAACGCAAGCAUUUCGUAAUCCCAUACCAACACCAGGUCAGGAUGACGUUUCAGGAUUGGCUGAGUGGGAAAC